AUGACUGCGAUUGGCAUUUCUGGCAAUAUAUUAGUUCUUUUCUUCUUCCAUAUUUCCAUUGAAGAUCAUAAAAUACGGCCAACUGAAAAAAUAAUUUCUAAUCUAGCAGUUGCAAAUCUAGUAUGGAUUUUGACAUUGGGAGUGCCACAUUCCUGUUUUGUGUUUGGUUUACAAUAUCUGUACAGUGAUGUUAGCUGCAAAAUUAACACAUAUGUUGCUAAAGUUUCCCGGGCAAUGGCAAUUGACUUAACUUGUUUUCUAAGUUGUUUGCAGUAUACAACCAUAAUGUCUUCUACUCCCAAGUGGGAUAAAGUAAAAAAAAAGCUUCAGGCAUAUCUUAUAUUUAUAAUACCAGUUUUAUUGUUAAGUAAUAUGACAUGCUGUGUGGCUUUAGUACUCUUCACAUUUUCUGCCGCUAAUGUUACUAACAUGGAUUAUACCUUUAAUUUAGGAUAUUGUCUCGUCAUUUUUCCAGAUAAAACUUCAUUCUUGGCCCACUGCCUGUUCCUAUUCAGUGAAGAUUUGACAUUUGUUGUCCUCAUGAUUCUGUCUAGUAUUUGUAUCUUACUGAUUUUGUACAAACACAAUAAAAGAGUUAAACGUGUAAGAAAUACUGACCAGAACCAAGAAAAAACAGCAGAGAGACAAGCAGCAAAAAUGGUUGUAACACUUGUUAGCCUUUAUGUCUUUUUCUUUGGAAUUGAAAAUACAAUUUUUCUGUAUCAAGUGACUUCCUCUGUCAAGGUUCAUUCUACUGUAUCUGAUAUUCGCUAUUUUUUCUCUACAUGUUUUACAUCUAUUUUUCCGAUUGUAAUUAUUGUUCUCAACUCAAAAAUAAAAAGUAGACUGAGGUAUUUUGUUUGUGAAAAGCCAACCAGUUUGCAAGAAAUAUUUCAAGCAAGGCCAUCCCUUACAAGAUAG